AUGGAAUCCUCCCCCUUCUCCAAACUCCCCCCCGAACUCCGCCUCACCAUCUUCGAAUACGCCCUCGCCUUCCCCCAACCCCUCCAAAUCCCCUCCACCACUCCCUCCAAUCCAAAACACCCCACAGCCCUCCCCCAAACCAGCCGCCAACUCCACCUCGAAACUUCCCACCUCCUCUACACCCUCAACACCAUACAUCUCACAACCCCCUCGCACCUCCCAUCCUUCCUCGACACAAUCAGCCCGCGCGACACCUCCCACUUACGCAGCCUGUGCAUCUCCAUCCCAAGCUCCGCAGGAAACUUCGGCCAGGACAUCCACUAUUUCCGCUCCGUCGUGCAGCGCAUCGCGCGGGAAAUUCGGGGUCGACUUCCGAGGGCGUGUAGGGUGGUUGUUUGGCCGGUUUUGUUGGUGGAUCGACGACAGUACUCCAAGGAGGAAUUUGAGGGGUUGAUGGAGGUUUUGGAGGUGCAUGUUAGGGAUGUGGAGGGGAGUUUGAGGAGGGCGGUUGGGAGGGUGGGGGAGCGGAUGAGGGGGGAGGAGAGGCGGGGGGUGUGGAGGGAUUUGUUUUGGGCGAGGAGGUUGUUUGGGGAGUUUUUGAGGGAAAAGGAGGAGGGGAUGAGGGGGGAUAGGGAUGGGCGGGAGGGAGGAGAUGGAGAUGGGGAACAGAUGAAAGGUGAAGACGAGGUAGGGGUUGAGAAAGUGGAUGGGAAUUGUUCGUUGUUGCUGGAUGCGUAG